GCAUCUCUUUGAAGAACUGGGAACUGCUGACUUUGCUGACUUGCAACUCUGAAAAUGCAGCGAUUAUUGACGCCGGUGAAGAAGGUCUUGCAGGUAAAGCGAGUGAUACAUGAAGCCUCGCUCAUGCCUGCUCGCCUGCUCCUAGCAGCUCACCAAAAGUUUUCUACAGUUCCUGCUGCUCCUUUGGCCAAAAGGGAUACUUGGCCAAAGGAUGUGGGCAUCGUUGCUCUGGAAGUCUAUUUCCCAGCCCAGUAUGUGGAUCAAACUGACUUGGAGAAGUAUAACAAAGUGGAAGCAGGGAAAUACACAGUGGGAUUGGGCCAGACAAGGAUGGGCUUCUGCUCAGUCCAAGAGGACAUCAACUCAUUGUGUCUGACAGUAGUCCAGCGGCUGAUGGAGCGCAUCCAGCUCCCAUGGGAUGCUAUAGGCCGGCUAGAGGUGGGCACGGAAACCAUCAUAGACAAGUCCAAAGCUGUGAAAACAGUGCUCAUGGAACUCUUCCAGGAUUCUGGCAAUACUGACAUUGAAGGUAUAGAUACUACCAAUGCUUGCUACGGUGGCACUGCUUCUCUCUUCAAUGCUGCCAACUGGAUGGAAUCAAGUUCCUGGGACGGUCGCUAUGCCUUGGUGGUCUGUGGUGAUAUCGCAGUCUAUCCCAAUGGUACCGCUCGUCCCACAGGUGGUGCAGGAGCUGUGGCUAUGUUGAUUGGGCCCGAGGCUCCUCUGGCCCUUGAGAGAGGGCUUAGAGGAACUCACAUGGAGAAUGUGUAUGACUUCUACAAACCAGAUGGGAGUACAGAAUACCCAAUGCUCGAUGGGAAGCUUUCCAUGCAUUGCUACUCAAAGGCCUUGGACCGAUGUUACGCAUAUUACCGCCAGAAAAUUCAGAAACAGUGGAAGCAAGCUGGCAUCGAUCGACCUUUCACCCUUGAUGAUUUACAGUUUAUGAUCUUUCACACACCCUUCUGCAAAAUGGUCCAAAAAUCCCUGGCUCGCCUAAUGCUCAAUGACUUCCUGUCAGCCAGCAGUGACAAUCAGGCCAGCCGCUAUAAGGGGUUGGAGGCCUUCAGGGGGCUCAAAAUAGAGGACACCUACACCAACAGGGACCUGGAGAAAGUAUUAGCAAAGGUCUCUUUGGACACAUUCAACAAGAAAACGAAGGCUUCUCUUUACCUGUCCACGAACAAUGGGAAUAUGUACACCUCAUCUCUGUAUGGUUGUCUAGCUUCUCUUCUGUCCCAACAUUCUGCCAAAGAGUUGGCUGGUUCCAGGAUUGGUGCCUUCUCUUACGGCUCUGGUUUGGCAGCAAGUUUUUUUUCAUUCCAAGUGUCCCAGGAUGCUUCUCCAGGCUCCCUCUUGGAUAAGCUAGUGUCUAGUGUAUCAGACCUACCACAACGACUGGACUCCCGGAAGCGUAUGUCUCCUGAACAAUUCACAGAAAUAAUGGAGCAAAGGGAACAUUUUUUCCACAAGGUGAAUUUUUCUCCACCUGGUGACAUAAACAGCCUUUUCCCAGGCACUUGGUAUUUGGAGAGAAUAGAUGAGCUAUUUCGCCGAAAAUAUGCCCGGCGUUCUCUCUAAAGUUGGUGAGAUCAACAACAAAGA